AUGGAGCAUCUUGACCGCCGUUCUGAGCCUUUCGCAGGUGGUGAUUCUUGCAUCACUCUGAGCGACAUCCAGCAAGUGCCCGACGAGGACCCAAUUCAAAGCGCUGAAGACUCCGACCGUGACAUUAGGUUUGCUUAUGCUGCCUACGACUCAGAUCCCCAUGGCUAUCCAGUCAAGGUUGAAGGCGAGGUCAAUCGAUACAGUCAGGACUACCAAGACUCAGGUGUCGGUGAAUCGAUCCGAGACGCCGAAUCCGUCCAGCCAUGCGGUCAAGACGACGAAGACUCUGAAGAUGCGGACUAUAACCCACCAGCCACCUCCCCUCGGCCAGCCAAGCGCGCUUGUCCAUCAUCUCCCCAGUCUCGCAACUCGUCAAACGGCACGCACAAGCGCCCUUCCCAUGGCCGCAAAGUCUCCACGAGCUCGUCAGUUCACGACAAUAGCCGAGUCACGAAGCGCACCAAGUCGAACAGUACUUCACCAACACGAAGCGGCAAUGGUAACAGCCCCCGGCCCUUCCCUUGCCCUAUCGCGCUGUACGGCUGCACCUCAACAUUCGCGUCUAAGAACGAGUGGAAACGGCACGUCAGCAGCCAGCACAUCCGGCUCGGCUUCUGGCGCUGCGACCUCUGCGCCUUGGUCGCACCCAAUCAGCCGCCAAAUGAGUUCAAUCGUAAAGACCUCUUCACGCAGCACCUCCGGCGUAUGCACAUGAAGCCAAUAGCCGCUUCUCAGAAGACUACAAGCGCGCUAGAGUUGCCAGUUACUGAAGACAAUCUCGGACGCCACCAAGAACGGUGCUACAAGAUGCUUAGAGAGGCGCCGCAGCAGUCGAGCUGCCUCUUCUGCGCCCGUCGGUUCGAGGGCCCGAACAGUUGGGAUGAGCGGAUGGAGCAUGUCGGACGACACCUGGAGAAGGAGAGAAAGGGCGAGUCUAAGCAGAGCGCGCUCGCGGAUUGGAUCCCCGACCCAACGCUUGAGGAGUGGCUUCGUGAGGAGGGGUUGAUUGAUCGUGACGGUUCAGGAGGAUGGCAGCUCGGUGAUGGGGUCCCGAGGAGGCAGAAGGGCAACUGA